AUGACAUUAACCGACAAAUUUAGACGGAAGAAAUUGCUAAUGAUAUCUUCGUUCGUAUUCUGCAUCGGUGUUGUAAUCCAGACUAUUAAUACGCACUCACUUGCGGCGUUCUACGUUGCAAGAGUGAUCGCUGGGCUUGGACUUGGCGCAGCGACAGUCGCUGUGCCGAUGUUCAAUAGCGAAAUGAUGCCGAAAGAGAUGCGUGGCCAGGUCGGAUCAUUCUUUCAAUGGUUCUAUACGUUUGGGAUAUUCGUAUCGUAUUGGGUGGACUAUGGUGUAGCGAGAGGCAUCUCGUCAACAAAUUCCUCCCAAUGGCAAAUCCCAGUUGGCCUUCAGCUUGCACCGGCCGUCUUCCUCGGCUUAGGGAUGUUGACAGUCCCUGAAAGUACACGAUGGCUUACCAAAAAGGGUAGACAUGAAGAGGCUUGGAAAAGUCUCCAGUGGAUUCGAGCUGAUGAUUCUCAAGCGACCGCUGAUGAGAUGGAAGAGAUUCGCUCUGGUGUCACUGCAGAGACCACUGCCACCGAAGGUUUUCAAAUACGAGAACUCCUAGACGGAGAGAACUUCAAGCGGAUAUUUGCCGCUUUCGCUAUAUUUACAGCGCAGCAAGCGACUGGAGCGACGGCUUUUGCCUACUUCGGACCCCAAUACUUUAAUCUCAUUGUUGGUAACGGCGAGCAAAGCCUCUUAUUAACGGCUAUAUUUGGAGCCGUGAAAGUUGUAGCCUGUGGCGUCUUUGUCUUAUUCUUCUCGGGGCGUCUUUCUCGACGUCAGGUCUUAAUUGGCGGUGCCGCCUUCAUGGCUGCUUGUCAAAUCACUACAGCCGCCGUCGUAAAGUCCUUCCCGGCCCCGAAAGAAGGAGGAAAUACUAUAGCUCCAUCCGGCAUUGCUACCGUCGCUCUCAUUUAUUUAUUUGUUAUCGCAUAUAACUUUAGCUGGGGACCAAUGCCUUGGCCAUAUCUUUCCGAGAUUUUCCCCGCAAGAAUCCGAGAGCCUGGUGUGGCUGUCGGUGUUGCCUCACAGUGGCUAUUCAACUUCAUCUUCUCAUUGACAACCCCUUACAUGAUUUCUUCUCUGGGAUGGGGAACAUUCUUACUAUGGGGUAUUUUCGACGCCGUUAUCGCGGUUCUUGCUUUCGCAUUUCUUAAAGAGACUAGGGGGCUAUCACUUGAGGCGAUUGCGCGGCAACGAUUCAAGGCGGAUAGUGCGUCUGACAAUACGGCGGAUACGACUAAAGACGUAUUCGCAGAACAUCACGAAGGUUAAGCAAUCUGCUCUAAGAUAUCUCAGGAGGGUGGUCCUAUGAAGCGUACCAUAUCAAGUUUCAAUCCCUGCCAAGUCUUUAGCAAGUUCUAUUUAAUACUAGUCACUAAUGGGUCAUUUCGGCUCAUUACUUACCGAAUAUUACCUGAAUCUAAG